AUGGACCAACUGCCCGUUGGCUGGGAUGACGAUAAAGAGAAGAAAAACAACCGCCGAGAGUAUUACGUGCCGUGCCAGUACGACAAUAAUAACCCAACGUCAAAAAAGACUUCUCGAAACCAGAACACUUUGGCGGAGCAAGAUCGGCCAGCACAGGAAGCUUCCGGCGCCGGAUCCGACGGGACGUCGUCGGCGGCUUCAGAAUACGCAUGGCCGCAGUGGGGGAACGACGACAGCCAUGGCCCGCCGUCCGAGAUGGAGACUGAUGCUGGGGAGCCCACUAAUGGAAAUGACCUGCAGCAGAAUCUUGCUGCCACAGAUGAUACGGCUUCACACAGCUCGGGAGACAGCCGUAGCGUGAGUACGGGUUCGGGACGUAGCAGCAAUGCUUCCAACGUUCGCCCUGUGGCCAUGGGCCAGCCCCGCCCCGCAGGAUGGCAGCAAAACCGCUACCAGUCUGCCUCGUCAGCGUUGACUACAGCGCCGCCGCGGACUUCUGGUCAUGAUAGAUCCAGCCGUCCAUCUAUCUCCAUGACCCAGACACCGGUUUCCGGGGCCAUUCACACGUCCCGGAAGCGUGUUCGCAAGCCGACGGAUCUCGUGCCCGAAGACCAACUUGUUUCUUCCCCUCAAAAUGACUUAGCAUCCGCAGGGGCCGGAGGCAGCGCGUUUCAGAGCCGGGGACAUCUAAAUAUUCAAGGGGGAGGUCAGAUGCGAUAUGUUGGAGGUGGGUUUUGGGGGUUCGCGAAAGGACAUGAACUUCUCUGCGAUGCGUUGCUCAUGGACGAAGAAAAUCGAGGACAUGGGGACCAACCCCAGCCCUACAUCGAUUCCAAUGGUUUGGCGGGUAUAUUGGGAACCCUCCCAACAAAACCCGUCUGCGACGUCUUUCUCUAUUCAUUCUUGGUUGGUGUUCGGCCAAUACUCCCGCUUAUUCACGUACCUACCUUUCGAGCCGACUAUAACGAUUAUUGGAAUUGGUAUGCCACGGUAGCAACCGGCGAGUGCAAUCUUCCCAAUGCCAAACUCCUUGCAGACCCAACAUAUCUGUGCCUAUUAUUCUCGGUGAUGUAUUGCGGCGCAACAACUGCGUCGUCCUCGAUCUGGUCAGCCAGUACUCUCCAGGGCGUCAACAAAGAAGAAAUCAUAACCCAGCUAAAAUCAUCCGUGCACGCCUGUCAGAGCUUCUGCCGUCAUCUGCAAUAUCCAACGCACAAUACGUUGGUAGCAUCUCUUUUGGCACAUGAAUGCUCAACUCAACGGCGGGACGGAUCAGAAGAUGCGGAGUUUGUGAGCACUGUCCUGCGUAUCGCGAGAGGUAUGGGCAUGCAUCGAGAUGGCAAGGUUUUAGGCCUCGACCCGGUGGUUUCUGAAAUCCGGCGUAGAGCUUGGUGGCAUAUUCUCUGGCUCGACGUGGAGAUCAGCGUCCGCACUGGCUCCCCGACACUUUGUAACUCGAACCCAUCCCAACAGGACGUGCAGAUGGUCAGCCAAGCUCGUGACGAAGAUAUUUUGAAGUUAGAAGGUGUCCCUUCUCCAAUUUCAUUGCCCGGCCCAAGCUCAAUCGUUAUGCUCUUUGUAAUUGGCCAGUACGAGACGGCAAGGUUUGAGCAUACUCUCAUCAGCCAUCUCAACGGCACACAGGGCUUAAAUCAAGUCCAGUUUGAUGAAUUUGUCAAAUCCAUGAGGAAGUUACACCUCCAGAUCGACGAAAUCAUCAGCAAAAUCCCUGCUCAGGGCAUGCCAGAGAAAGGUCUGAUCCCUUCUCGCAUUGCGAACGCGACACCUCUAAUCAACGAAAAGCUCUACAGCGACAACAGCACGGAUCCGACAGUCUUCAUGUCCUGGGCAAGAAUCAUGCUUACCAUGUUAAAGGCUGGGACUACUUUUCUUCUACUGGUUCCCUUGCUCGAACGCCCUGAUCUUGACAAGAACAGUAUCCAGACCAUUUGGACUAGUGUUAUACGAGUGUCUACCACCUACCUCCGGCACUAUCUUCAACUUACUGCCGUCCCAUCCUUUGAACCCCACCUAGCACGGUACUUUGCAGACGAAGUGAUCGAUAUGUUCACCUCCGAGGAAUUGAAUGAUAGCCAUUCAACCCCCAAGACCAGGAUCAAGACAGAUGCACAAACCGCAGCCGCAUGGCGGAAAUUGCGAAACAUAAGAUCUAGGCUAGAUAUACCGCAUGGGAUUGAGGCGCCCAUGCCUAGACAGCCGGCUCCUAGUCCCAAUAUACAAAUGUGCUCCAAAAGAGCUCGAACCCUAUUUCUAUCUUCAGAACUCGAAAUGAACGCAGAUAUGACCAAUUCUGGCCCGGGGAGUCACAGUGGCUCAUCUGAUACCGGGUCCUCAAACCGGGGACCGUCAUCUAUUGCAGGCUCGCUCCCGGGCAGCCGAGAUGAGUUUGGAGAUGCUGAGCUAUAUAACUUGCUAGAUAUUUCCGAACUGGUCGCCUGGUCAGCUUCCCUCACCGAUGAACCAAGUUCCGCUUCAUCAUAUGAUGGAGAUAUAGGCGAGCCCAUGUACGGCUUGUCAUCCUUACCAAACCAACACCCGUCAGAUUACAACGCCGCUAGCUUUGGCGAUAACUUCGAGCAAUUUUCCGACUGGACGCACUUAGGGGGAACUAUGAAUGAGAUUGCGCAGCGUGCUGGCCUUAACAGAAACGGCAAUGAGGAUCCUGGACUUUCUGCAGAGAGAUUAAUGACUAUGGGACAUGCAAUGAAUGUUGGUGUGUAUAUGAUGGGCCCUCAUAUGAGCGAGACGGCUGAUGAGGGUAGGAUUUCCGACCUAUUAAGUACGAUGAUGGAGGGAUGGUGA